UAGUAACAUCUCAAGAUUGAGAUGAUUGAUUUUUGUAAAUUAACAGCUAGUAUUCUAAACCUGAGUGUUUAGUAUUCUAGAUCUAGCAAAGUAGCUAGUCUUGAGUAAGAAGCCAGAUAAUCUUUACAAAAUGGAAAAACUAACAAGAGAAAGUGUUUCUGGCAGUAGUAAGCACACAUCAUCACCAUUCGCUGUCCCAACUUGUAGCGGGGAUUCCAGUCACCUAGUUCCGGAAUUCUCUAGAAAACUGAGUAUAGCUGACGAGCCAGAGGAAACGACACUCACCAGCAGCUCAGGUGCUACUGCAGGCAACCCACAUUGCCAGGAGGAGAUGAAAACUCAGGUAGACAACAUAGACUCUGUGAGUGAGAGCAAAAAACUGACCCCUGACCCCGCAGGUGAGCACAGGUUCACCUGUCCGUGUGGGGAGGUGUUUGAGAGGUCAGUUCAGCUGGCCUCACACAAGCGUUGGUCAUGUAAGCUUAAAGAGAAAACUGCCCAGUGCGAUGUCUGCGGAAGCUGGUUCGCUUCUGAGUUAGGUUUGAAAAGGCAUAUGAAACAUGUUCACGGGGGUGCCGUCAGCUGUGACGUCUGUCACCUACGCAUUCCCAACACUAUAAAACUGACACGUCAUGUCAUGGAGGCUCACCAUGUCGACACUAAACCUUCCUCGUUAAAAUGCUACGUCUGUGGUGACACCAACUUUGAAAGUAAAUUUGAACUGGAGUGCCACCUAGUGGUUCACAAGUAUGAAAAACACCACCAAAAAAUGACGCAGUCAAAAUCAUGGACUACAGAACAUGCCAGCCAUUUUUCACCUUACCCUGCACCUUUCAUGAGACCUCCAAUGCAUUUCCCACCACGGCCUCCGUGGCCAUUUUGCCAUUUCCCACCUUCCCCCAUGCCCCAUUUUAUGCACCAUCCACUAUUCCACCAUUCUCCAUUCCAUCCGCAACCUUUCCACCACCUUCAACCUGAUUCAUGUCUGUUUGCCCAACCCACUACACCUACCCAACCUUCAGACUUGUCUGACGCUCCUCCAAAAGUUGAUGCCCAUUCUCAAGUCUCAUUCCCUAUCGACCAAGAUUUACUAUCACAAUCUGAACAAAGUUCAAUUCCUCCCUCCCAUCCUCGCCAUGAUCACAAAUACGUAGAGCCUACAUCGGUGCCUCUGCUUGCUUACUCCCACCCAAUGAAACAUCACCAUGGCCACCAUGGGAAGAUCAAAUGGAAAAAAUACCUCAGGCUGAUGAUGAAAGGCAAAGUCCCCCCUUUGUGGAUGGGGGACAUGCAGCCAAACUUUGACCCUCAGGAAGUGGAGACCCCGCCGAUUGGAGCAAAGACAGACACAUGCGAGUUUCAAAUGGCCUGCAAGUUCUGCGACAAAAUCAUCCAGAGAAACAAAGUCAACUGGCACCAGCGUAAGGAGUGUCCGGUUUUGUCCGUGCACAGGUGCAGCGUGUGCGACAGGGUGUUCAGGAAGAGGCACUUCUUGAUACGACACAUGCACGAGCAGAAGCAUUACCAGUUUGCUGGGGAGGUCACCAAGGGCGCUGGAGCAGGCUCGCAGCUUGAUGCAAACACACUCUCCGUCCUGCAGGAGAAGAUGAACGCCUCUCUAACUUUAGUCCCUAAGCAAGAAAACACACAGAUGGCCCAACAAGAAGAUUCUACAAUGGCAGAGAAUCUACCCAAAGACUCGCAAAUAGCCCAAAAUCUGCCUGAAGAUUUAAAGAUGGCCCAGGAUUCACCAGAAGAUUUAAAGAUGGCAGAUAAUCUACCAGAAGAUUCUCAAAUGGCUCAGAUUCUAGCAAGUAACUCAGAGCAAUCUCUUGUAGAUAAAGAAAGCAUAAUGGAAGGUGUAAGUAGUUACCCAAAUGCACCAGAAGAUACCCAGACACCAGAAAAAGUCUUAAAUACAACACUAGUUUCCCAGCACCAGUGCAGCAUUUGCAAACAUACCUGCCAAGACAGGGAUAAACUGCGUGAACACUUGAAAGACCACAUCAAUCAAGUGAUCACCAUUCAGAAAGUUCAUGAAUGGACUAUUAAAUCUUCUGAAUAUUUUUUCCUCACCGACCCAGACGACGAGCUUGACCGCGACACCGCCACAUCUGUCACUGCCAGCACCAGUUGCGUGGACUCUGAGCUGACCUCCACCACCGGGUCAACAAUGCCGGACAGCCACUUCUCCAGCCUGGACUCAGCCAUCUCAUCCGACCCGAAAUGGACCAAGCCGCAUAAGAAAAAAAGCAACCAUCACCACAGGGGUGAGAUCCAUGUUUGUGACUUCUGUGGUGAGCAGUUCUCCUUCCGGAAAGAUCUCCACUUCCACAUGGAAAACAAACACAAAGACAGCACCUUAAAGUGCCCUGUGUGUAAGAAAAAAUUCAGCUGGAAAAAGCGCGGCAAAUUUUACGAACGGCAUUUGAACUCGCACUACGGGGUCAAAGUUUUUAAACAUAAGUGCGACACCUGCGAUAAAACAUUUCUAGAAAAUUCCAAACUCCGGGCGCACAUGUCUCUCCACAACCAGGAACUGCUGCACAGGUGUUCAAUAUGCAAGAAAGGCUACGCAAACAAGUCUAGCCUGGUGCGACAUGAGCGCAGGCACACAGGGAUCAAGCCGUACCAAUGUGAGAUCUGCGCUGAAAGUUUCAUGGAGAAGCGCGAGCUGUUGCGACACUCCACCACCCACACUGGGGUCGCCCCGUUCAGCUGUGAGCAGUGCGGACAAGGUUUUACCCUCAAGACUUCUCUGAUGUCUCACAUGAAGAAAAAGCAUUUAACUGUUGUUCCUCAUUUAGUGUAAUUAUUCUUGACCUUAUUCCAAAUUAUACGGACUUUAUGUUUUUAUCGGAUUCCAAAAUACGUGUACUUAUUCUUGAAUGAUUGCCAAUUAUUUGGACAUUGUGCCUUUGAUAAUUAUUUAUUACAAGACAACAGUGCUUCACAAUUUGGUACCUUCGCUGGUUACAGUGACUGACAAACAAUUUUAUACUAGAACCAGGAGAUCACGCAUAAUUCUUUGGCAAAUUAUUUUGUUGCUCUUCUGCAGCAGAAGCCAGGAUUGUAUUACAGGUAUUAGGCAUGGCAUGUGUGGUCAGACACACCACCCUUUUUUAAAAUUCAGAAAUGCAAUUUAUAAAAUGUUUCUUUUUAUUUGCUAAGUCUUUGUGGAGAGAAUUUUCAAAGACAAAUAAUAACAUAUUCUUAAUCAUGCUUUUUAUUAAAUAGGGUAGGCCUUUUUAAUUUUUAAAUAUUUUAUUUAAUACAAACCCCGGGUAUGUUUAUAAAAAUAUCAUCUGUUUAAACCUAGUAUGCCUGUAUUUCUCUUGUAUCUUGUUUCUGUGUCAAAUAAUAAUCAGUAAUGUAAAUUAUUCUAAAGUUAUUGAUCACAGAAACAUCCUGAUAUACUUUUCUGUUGGAGAAAUGUUUUUU